AUGCCGAGGCCUGCAUGGACUUCAAGGCAAACCUCAUCUUCAUUACUGCUUCACCGAUCACUGCUACUACCAGGAUCCUCACCAUCGCAUUCAUAUGUAAACCAUCAACACGCUCGCUCUCUGAAUGUCUUCGCAGAGUUUGUAAAGUCUAUAAGGAGGCAGAUUGAUGAAAACAAGGAUUUCCAAAAGAGUGUCAAACAGCUGUCUGCUGAGACUAACAAGAUCACUGAAUCAGAAAUGAUGCAAGCAGCCGCCAAAGCAGCAGCAGCAGGUGCCGAAUCCACGUCCAAGGUAGUCCAACAAGUGAAAGCAACAGCAGGAAAAGUCGCCGAAAACGUCCAACACGUAGUAGAAUCCGAAUCAUUUCGUAAAACAGCAGAAGGCGCUACCUACGUGGCUGGGAAAGUCGGUGAAGCAGCAUCCAAAAUAUCCGACCCUAUAAUGGACACCCAAGUGGCCAAAGCUGUAGCAGCAGGUGCCAAACAAAUCCAAAAGGAAAUCGCAGAGGGUGCAAACCCUCGAUAUAUGGAAUACAAGCCCAAAGAUGUGCGAGAACGGGAACGUGCUGAACGGCUCGCUGAUGCUCGUGCCGCAAACCCAUUCGGUGCUCACCAUGCCAUACCAGUCUCUGCAAACCCAGAGGCAGAUGGAUCAGUCGUCGAACAUAAAGAAUCGAAAUGGUCGGGAGCGUGGAAGUCAUUCAAGGAAAACAAUCCCUUGACGAAAUCGUUACUGCAAGCUCAUCGCCGUAUCGAAGAAUCUGAUUCACCGUUUAUGGAUCGUGUGAGAGGUAUCAUGUAUACUGUACAGGGAGCAUUUGAGGAGACUGAGCAGGCUCAAGUUGUGAGAGCUAUACAGACGGUUGAGCCUGGAUUUUCGAUAGAUAAUUUUAUAAGGGAGGCUACGAGGUGGAUGAUUCCUGACAUAAUGGAAACGUAUUUGAGAUCGGACAAAGUUGGGCUAAAGGAUUGGGUUAAUGAUGUGACAUACUCCAUCCUCAACGUCGGAAUCCAAGCCCAAGAAACUUCAGGCCUAAAAUCCGACUGCAAACUCCUCGAUCUCCGUAACGUUGAACUAGCACAAGCCAAACUCUUAGAAAACGGUAUACCAGUUCUCGUACUUACAUAUCGAACUCAAGAAGUUCUUGUAUUCAGAGAUCGAUUGUCGGGUGCUAUAAAACUGGGCAGUGAAGACCAAAUCAUGCAUGCUGCUUAUGCUAUGGUACUGACGAAAGACCAGGUGCUCGAUCCUACUAUACCGGUUAAUCCUAGGACGAAUGGGUGGAGGAUUACGGAGAUGGUUAAGCAGGAUAGUCGGCAGGGGUUGUAG